UUUAAUUUAAAAAACUAGUUUUUUAAAAAAUUAUAAAUUUUUUCAGUAAUAAUUUCAGUAAAAAUCCGUUUUAGUCUGGAGUGACACGACCCGGCUGCAACUUAUUUAAAGGUUAACGCAACAAUAACAUACAACAUCUAUUUAUAUAUUUAUAACAAGUAAAAUAAUUGCCAGUGAAAAUUUUAGAGUAACGUUACAUCAUUAGGAGCGCUAUUCGAUAAGUUUAUAAAUAUUUUUUUUUAAAUAUACAAUAAUAAAUAAUGAGUGAUGAAAAAAAGUGGGACGAACAUCUAAGAAAAAUUCAAAAACCACCUGAGAAAAAAGAAGAAAAAGUUCCGGAAAAACAAAAGGAUGAUAGUGAGAAACCAGAGGAAAGAAUUUGGGAAGGAGAUUGGAUGUUAAAGCCGUGUUAUAUGUAUGAAGAAGAUUACAAAGAUUGUACUUCAGUAAGAGGUCGAUUUUAUCAAAAUUUCAUUUAUGGCGAGCAAUUAGAUUGUACUCAAUAUAAAACGGAUUAUUUGAAUUGUAAAAAGUGGAAGAAAAAUGACGAUGAAGCUGCUUACAAUAAUUUGAUAGAAAGCGUAAAAAAGCGUAGAAUGGAGCGUUUAAAACCUCACCUAGCGAACGAUGUGUGGACUAAACGUGGUAAACCACCAGCAGAUUGGUCUGAACCCUUACCUGAAUGGAUGGUUAAGAAAAAUGAAGGAACAUUUCUUGCAUCCAAACAAAAAAAUAUUGAUAUAAUGGGUUACGAUAAUAACAUGGACUUAUAUGUACCAUCGUGCACAAUACUUUAAUUGUAGAAUAAUUUAAAGUAAACUUAGCAAUGAUUUUUUAAUUAAUAAAAAAUGUUUAAAAAAUU